CCUCCUGGCUUGAGGCCUGAAGCCAUGAGAGUCUCGGGCACGUUAGGAGGGCUCCUGAUGCUCCUUGUGCUGACGGAAGGUUUUGAGGAUGUGUUUAUAACGUGUAGUGAAUACUGGCUGGAAGUCAGAGUGAGACGCAGGCCCUACUCGCAGUACCAGCAGCCCCAGCCUCACGAGCUCCAUCUCGGGACUGGCUGCCCGGUGACUGGAAGGCGGCUGGAUUUCCUGGAGUUCCAUUAUCCUCUCUCUUCCUGUGGAAUCAAAACUCAGGAGCGCCCUUGGGGUCUACUCAUUGAAAGUUACAUCACUUACGAACCAGUGAACUCAGCUGUCAGAGGUUACCUCCCAAUAUCAUGCUAUAUUCAAAAAAAGUCCGUUUUCACCUUUGUACAAAAAGAGGUAAAGAACAACAAUAAUACAUCUGGGAAACAUCCCAAGAAUCAGAAGAAGAAAACCAAACCUGGUCAUCAGUCGAAACCUUUGGGACCCAUCCAGGAAUGUGUUCUGGGAGUUAUUUUUUUCCUGCUGGAACACAUACAUUUUAUGCUUCCUUGUUAAGUGUAGUGUUUUACCUAUAAAUUCGGGGUGAUCAGGCAAGCUACGGAUCUGCACUGUGACUGGCUCAAGAUGGCAUCACCUUCAGAUACCAAACUGUUGCCUACCAAUAUCAUCUUUUACCUGUUUAAAUGAUAUUUUUUUUAAUGAACUUGCUUCGUUGUCUACAUUUAUAGACUCUUUGGGUCAGGCCAAAAGGAACUCCCCCAUAUUUUAAAUUUGCA